GAGAGAAGAUGGACUCAAGUGUCUUCACGGCCGUUUCUGAAGGAAACCCCUUACCUCAGGCGUCGCUGCGCCUCCUGGUCCCACCUUUCCAGUUUAUGGCAGCCUCCAUGUUGCAGGUUCUGAGGAAACAUGAUGUCUUGAACUACUGGAAAGUGGCAGAGUUUGUCUCUUUGGUGAUGGACAUGGUCCCAGAGCUGCUAAUGUACAAGCACAGGACCCAACUUAAUUUGGGAUUAAGAGCUAGGUAUAUUCUUGAGUUGUGCCGAAGUGAACAGCUAGUGGAGCCAGACUUCAUCUUGUCCAUCCUGAAUCAGAUUAAACCACAACACCUCUUCCUGAAUGAUAUUAAAGAAUCACAAGAGGAGGAAGCAGUGGUUAACUUUCUUGAGUUGAUCCAGACUCUGCUCAAAGAUCCACAAGAGAGAGAAGGAUUUUUCUCGAGGGUUUUCCCUGCUGAGUAUGGAGCUCAGUAUGACAGCGACUUGCAGAUGCUGUUUUCGGAGUUCCUCUGUCGACUGGCUAAGCUGUUGCCUGUUCCAGAUCUUGAGCAGACAGUUUCCUGGCUUGGAGCCGAAAGCUCUGUGUCGGACGACUGUGUGCAUUCAGUCGCGGAGCCUACGGACCUGAAAAUGUUGCUCCAGCACCACAAACAGCUCGGACAUUUAGAGCAGCAUGUUCCACCGUCCGGCAUGGGCGACAGCAUCCUGUCCUCCCUUUCUGCAGCUCCGUCUUACAAGGAGGCCAAACCUACGGGAAUACCCGACCGAUCGAAUCCACUGCGAGGCGGCUGGGAUGACGCACGCACCGCGUCAUACGCGGGUGACGUAGCCGUCGAUGUCAUUGCGGUGACCGAUUACGCAGAGGUGGAGUUAGACGCGAGCACCGGCGUCGAGGUGGCGACAGGAGAACACUGCACUGAAGGAACAGAGGCCAGCGAUUCGCUGGUAGUGCUUCCCGGAGAGGUGACCAUAGAACAAGAGGUGGGUGAAGCAGGUGAAGAGGCAUCGCAGGAUGGUGCUGUUGGUGGUUCUGGAGGCAUCAACCAUCCACUGGUAAACAAGGACGACUUGGCGUCCUCUCAAGACAAAGUCUCCGCGGGGCCUCAUGACUGCCCGGACUGCGAGAAGAAAUUCAAGUUUGCCUCCUCGCUGGUUGCCCAUACGGUCAUCCACACGGGGGAACGCCCCCACCGGUGCAGCGACUGCGGCCGCUGCUUCUCGUUCAGGCAGUCCCUCGACCGGCACCGACACACGCACAGAACCGGACGCAAGUACGACUGUGUCGUCUGCGGGGAAAACUUCCGCUCCCCGUCCGGCCGCGCGGAGCACGAGCUCACGCACGCGGCAGACGGGCCUCACGCGUGUCAUCACUGCGGCAAAAGAUUUAACUGGGAGCUAGCACUCGCAAGGCACCUCAAAACCCACGCUGGUGAUCCCAAUGCAAACAAGCCCACAGCAAGCCCUGAGGAUGGACAAGAGGUGGCUGUAGGUGAUGAAAAUAUCAGCGUAGCUCCCGUUGCACCUGCCGACUCUGACGGGCGGCUGCGGGCGGCAGUUGCGGCGGCUCGGGGCAGUGAACCUGAACCCGACACGGAGGUCGCUACCCCGGCGAAGGUCCGCACGAGUGGACGAAAACGCAAACCGACCAUGAAGAUACAAGUGAUAAAUUUACAGAAGCGCAUGGGCAGUAAACAAAAGAGGAGGAUCAAUUACGCCGACCCUCUAGAGCUGAGAGCGUUGCCUUUAAAUUGUGCAGAGCACUCUUAUGGGUCGCUGGUGGUGUCUGCAAAGGACGCUGAAGACAGUUCGGUUGCAGAUGGCUCAUCAGCUGCUGUCUCCAGUCCCAAGUGCUCCUUCCAGCACUCCGAGGAGUCCCAGGUCCAGCACUCCGAGGAGCCGUACGCUCAGCCCCUCACGGAUGAAGAUGGCUUCAGUUGCCCGGACUGUGAGAAGAGCUUCAAGUUCCAGUCUUUACUUAAAGCCCACCAGCGCAUCCAUACGGGCGAACAGCCCUUCCUGUGUUCUCAGUGCGGCCGGCGGUUCUCCUUUAAGCAGUCGCUUGAGAGGCACAGGCAGACGCACAAAACGGGGCGCAAGUACGAGUGCCUGAUCUGCGGGGAGUUCUUCAAGUCCCUGGUGGCUCAGAGGGAGCACAAGAGCAUCCACAUGGAGAACGGCGAGUACCUGUGUUCGGAGUGCGGCCGGGCGUUUGCCUGGAAGUCGGCCCUGGUUAGACACCUCAAGACCCACGGCGAGGAAGCGGAGCGGGUGGGGCGUCCCUACAAAUGCCCCCGCUGUGACCUGGGCUUCAGCUGUGUCAGCUACCUUAACAGACACCUCCAGACUCACCAGGAAGAGAGAGUGCACACGUGCAACUGCGGAAAGAGCUUCGCCUACCAAGCGGCCCUCACCGCGCACCAACGCAUCCACCGAAAGGACCGGCCGCACACUUGUGCGCAGUGCGGCAAGGGAUUCCUCUAUAAGGGGGGUUUGCUGAGCCACAUGAAGAUCCACUCCGAGGAGAUGCCCUUCAUGUGUUCCUUCUGCGGAAAGAGCUUCAAGAGGGAACGCAACAUGAAGAAGCACGAGCGCUGCCACACCCGGGAAGACGUCUUCAGCUGUUCGCAGUGCGACAAGAGCUUCGUCUACAAGGCCACGCUGAUCCGCCACGAGCUGACUCACUCGGGCGAGCGGCCCUACCUCUGCUCCGACUGCGGGAAGGCCUUCUUCUCACACGCCGAGCUCCUGAAGCACGAGCGUUUCCACACGGGCCACAAGCCCUUUCAGUGCCCCCACUGUGGGAAGAGUUUCACUCAGUCCUGCUAUCUAACCAUCCACCUGCGAUACCACACUGGAGUCCGGCCGUACUCCUGCAGCGAGUGCGACAAGAGCUUCCUCAGCGCCAACCGCCUGAAGAGACACCAGAGGACACAUUCAGGGGAAAAACCCUACCUCUGCGUGGAAUGCGGCAAGGGAUUCCGGCAGUCCUAUAAUCUCAAAAUACAUCAAAGGACACACAUCAUGAAGAGGAAAUAGUCAUGACAUUUAACUAUUAAUCUGGAGAAUGUUUGAGGAUUUAUAGAGUGGGACUUAUGUCAAUUGUAGAUUUAUUCAUGUGAUUCACA